GGCUUGGAGAGGUGCGUUUCUGACAAGAGAGAAAGUCAUUCUGCACUUCAAGGGACUUUGUUGGACUGUUUAGGGUGAGGGGGGAUACUUCAUUUUCACCCUUCAUGGUUUUCUGAAAACUUCACUGAGGUUUUCCCUUGCACCAGUCUGGACUAAUGGAUUACCAUCUGCUUGGAUUAAUUUUAUUUUUUCUCUUCAGUGGCACAAAGGUCUUAGCCGGGUACCCAAUUUGGUGGUCCCUCGCGUUAGGCCAGCAAUACACCUCGCUGGGGUCCCAGCCCAUCCUGUGCGGCUCCAUCCCUGGCCUGGUCCCCAAGCAGCUCCGCUUCUGCCGGAAUUACAUCGAGAUCAUGCCCAGCGUGGCCGAGGGAGUCAAGCUGGGCAUCCAGGAAUGUCAGCAUCAGUUCCGAGGCCGGCGCUGGAAUUGCACCACCAUUGACGACAGCCUGGCCAUCUUCGGGCCAGUCCUGGACAAAGCCACGCGAGAGUCUGCCUUUGUCCAUGCAAUUGCUUCAGCUGGUGUGGCCUUCGCUGUCACCCGCUCCUGUGCUGAGGGCACCUCCACCAUCUGCGGCUGCGACUCGCACCACAAAGGGCCACCAGGUGAUGGCUGGAAAUGGGGUGGCUGCAGCGAGGAUGCUGACUUUGGUGUUCUGGUUUCCCGGGAGUUUGCAGAUGCCCGAGAGAACCGACCCGAUGCCCGAUCAGCCAUGAACAGGCACAAUAAUGAAGCAGGGAGAACGACGAUCCUGGAUCACAUGCACCUGAAGUGCAAGUGUCAUGGUCUCUCAGGAAGCUGCGAGGUGAAGACCUGCUGGUGGGCGCAGCCAGAUUUUCGGGCCAUUGGUGACUACCUUAAAGACAAGUAUGACAGUGCCUCCGAAAUGGUGGUGGAGAAGCACCGUGAGUCGCGGGGCUGGGUAGAAACCCUGAGGGCCAAGUAUGCGCUCUUCAAGCCCCCCACAGAGCGAGACCUGGUAUACUAUGAGAAUUCCCCUAAUUUCUGUGAGCCCAACCCAGAGACCGGCUCCUUUGGGACCAGAGACAGAAUGUGCAAUGUCACCUCCCAUGGGAUCGAUGGGUGCGACUUGCUCUGCUGUGGGCGUGGACACAACACCAGGACUGAGAAGCGGAAAGAGAAGUGCCACUGCAUCUUCCACUGGUGCUGCUACGUGAGCUGCCAGGAGUGCGUCCGCAUCUACGACGUCCACACCUGCAAGUAACAGCAUGGCCGGUUGCCAGCCGAGGGGACGUCAUGCCAGAGCAGGGGGCCAGCCAGUGUCUCACUCAACCUGGGAUCAUCCUCACACAGUGGCCUCAUGCAUAACAGGAAAGCCAAAAUGUACCUGAAACUGGGCCAUGAGGUAUAUUGAGGCAAGUGUUCCCUUCACGAAUCCCCAGCCAAACUGAGAGCAAAGCUGAAGUUUAGCUUCUGUGUGUGAGACUCUUCCAUGGGCCCUACCCAAUUCAGUACAUUUUGGUCCAUUUCAUGGCCAUAGGAUAUUAAGAGACUACAUUUCAUCAUUUCAUCAUUUGAAGUUUCAGGGUGCUGUAACUGUCGGGGUGCUGACCCAAAGAAGAGCUGGGGAAUGACAAGGUUAUGAUGGGAGAAUGCAGCGCUGCUUCCCUUUCUUCUCAGCUGCUGCUGGUGGCAGCGCUGCCUUCAGUGUUGGGCAGCUGAAGAGUGGUGGCUGCUGGCUGGGAGGCAGAGCUCGCUGCCAGCAGCAGCACAGAAGGCAGGAUGGCUUGGUAUAGUAUUGCCGACCCUUCUGUACUGCUGGUGGCAGAGCUGGGGCCUCAGUCAGCAGCUGCCACUCUGAAAGCAGCAGCACUGAGGGUGGCGUGAGAUGGUAUUGCCACCCUUACCUCUGAUGGGGCGCGGCCUUCAAACUGGGCACCUGGCACAGCAGCUGUUGCUCUGUGGCCAUCCAGUUCCGAAGGCGACUAUUAGAAUGGGUGGCAACCCUGUGAUUCCCCUGAAAUAGCCUUGGGGCCUGCCAACAGCUCCCUUUUGGGCCAGGACCCCCAAUUUGACAAACUCCCAUCACCCCAGGAAGUCUGUAUCAAAGGGCAAACGCUCACAAAACACCAGAUUUCAUGGGCCAUGAUGCAUUUUUCAUGGCUCUGAAUUUGGUUGGGCCCUACUAAGAGAUGUCUCCCAGGCUGGAAGAAGGCAGCUCAGUGCUUUAGAUGCACCAUAGCCACCUCAGGUCACCUAAUGACUGAUUUUUAGCUUUUCAUCACACCCGGUCCUUUCCCAGCACCUAGCUCCAGCUUGCUCUAGGAGGGUUUCCAGCUAGUACACUAACAGCUGCUUUUGCUGCUGGCUGCUACCAUAAUCCCAAUGCCAUUGCUGUCUCCGCUGCUAGUGUUUGCGAACACUGGCUGACUUACUAGCACACCCGGCCUCGAUGCUCUCCCCUCCCCCCACUCACAGGGAACAGGCUGAAUACUUCAAGUACAUGACUUUAAACAAAGUUCCUUCCUUUUUUUAAUCAAGAAAAAAGAUAUUUAAUAAAAAGCACAUUUAUUGCCUUGUAAUUAUUUCUCCUGUAACCCAUUAUUCUAGUACAGACUGGAAAAUCCUACCCAUCUGCCUGCUGUAUCCAAAGUUUUGUACAAAGUUGUAGAGGUUGUUGAUUUUUAAAAUUUUAUAUUCAGAAAAUUCUCUUUCUAUGAGCAUUAUUUAUUAUACAAUGUAUAUACCUUUGAGUUAACUAAGAUUAUAUAUUAUAUAAAUAUCUAAAUCUAUAUAUAUUUGGAGAAAAAUAUAUUUCAACCUGCUUUUUGUUGUUGCCCUGUUAAGACAUUAAAGAGAAGGUAAAUUAACUUAAAUGGACCCCGAGAGCCUGUGUUGUUCACUUGUUAUGGAGCCUUGAGAGA